AUGGCAGCCAUGGAUAUCCGAGUCGGCAAUAAAUAUAGAGUCGGUCGGAAGAUUGGCUCGGGGUCAUUCGGCGAGGUGUAUAUCGGUACAAACAUUAUUUCCGGCGAGGAAAUCGCCAUCAAGCUGGAGAGCGUGAAGGCCAAACAUCCCCAACUCGAAUACGAAGCCCGAGUGUAUAAGUCCCUUGCUGGCGGGGUCGGGAUCCCAUUUGUUCGCUGGUAUGGCACUGAAUGCGAUUAUAAUGCUAUGGUCUACGAUCUUCUAGGGCCUAGUUUGGAAGACUUAUUUAACUUCUGCAACCGGAAGUUCUCUCUGAAGACUGCCCUUCUUCUGAUGGACCAGCUCCUCUCUCGGGUGGAAUAUGUCCACGCCAAGUCCUUCAUCCACCGCGACAUUAAACCGGAUAACUUCCUAAUGGGGAUUGGAAAACGAGGAAAUCAGGUUAAUGUUAUUGACUUUGGACUGGCCAAAAAAUAUCGCGACCCGAAAACUCAUUUUCAUAUCCCCUACCGCGAGAAUAAGAACCUGACUGGGACUGCUCGCUAUGCCUCUAUUAACACGCACCUUGGCGUGGAACAGUCUCGACGCGACGAUAUGGAAUCUCUGGGUUACGUGGUGCUAUACCUGCUCCGUGGCUCGUUACCUUGGCAGGGCCUGAAGGCCGCUAGUAAGAAGCAGAAAUACGAUCGCAUUAUGGAGAAAAAGAUGACGACGCCGACUGAAGUCCUCUGCCGAGGCCUCCCUAAUGAGUUCGCCAUCUAUCUCAACUACACCCGGUCUCUUCGAUUCGAUGAUAAGCCUGACUACAGUUAUCUACGGAAGAUCUUUCGGGAUCUGUUCGUCCGCGAGGGCUUCCAGUACGACUAUGUGUUUGACUGGACCGUUUACAAGUAUCAGAAGAAUGCCGAAGCUAUAGCGAAGGCAGGUGGUGGUACGGCUAAUGACGGUGCGGUCGGUGGUUCUCAGGCCGUCAUUACGGAUGCUCGUGCCAUCCGCGGCAGCCGUACUCGCAAUGCGAUCGCCCGCGCUGAGAUGGACACUCGGGAGACAGGCCGCGACAGAAUUUAA